ACUCCCUCCCUGAGUCCUGCCUUCUGGAAGGAGCAGGGCGCUCUGGGGGGCCACUCCUUGGGGGCCAAGGCUGAGGGUGGCCAUGCCAGGGGCCCGGAGACCCCAGCCUGGAACGGGAGGUGGUUUUCCCAGGACUCCUGGGCCCGAGCCAGAGGGGCAGAGCAGGCACAAGGCUGGCAUUGCACACUUCCCUGGGGGAGGGGGCGGGUCCCUCGUCGCUGGCGUGUCGCCCUGGUCCUGGCUGCCAGCUUCCGCCUGGGGUGGGACAGGGGACAGGCAGUUGGCCACUUGGGCUCCGAGCUGGCUGGGCACAGUGUGCCAGGGUGAGAGGGGCCCCUAAGGGGUCUCAAGAGGGAGGGCUGAGGGCACUGCCAGUCCAUGUCCAUGGCGGUAGCUUUGCACACCCGCCGGUGCCGGGGAGCAUGGGUGUGAGCUACUGGCCUCUCCCCCUAUCCCCUGCUGGGCACUGACUGGGUCAGCCCAGUGUCCUGAGGGCCCGCCCUUCUCCUGGCACAGUGGUUGGAGAGCUGCUGUCCUUAGGUCUGGGGGAGGGCCAGGAGCUGGCUGCCGGUUAAAUUUAGUGUGUGGGGCGGUCCAGCUGCCCAAGGUCCACCUGCCUUGCGGCUGCCACUUGGGCCGCACUGCCAGGAGGCGGGCAGGGGCUGGCUCUGCCUGGGCCAGGCCACGUUAACCUGUGCUCCAGCCCGAGGGCCAGGUCUGCACGGGGAGGCUGUGGCGGCAGGGAGGAAAGGUGCAAGGACCAUGGCCUUGAGAGCAGGUGACCAGAGCAAGGCCGCAAGAUGCGGGCUGAAGGAGAAGGUGCUGACGCUGGACACCAUGAACCCCUGUGUGCGGAAGGUGGAGUACGCCGUGCGCGGCCCCAUAGUGCUGCGCGCCUUGGAGCUGGAGCAGGAGCUGCGCCAGGGUGUGAAGAAGCCCUUCACCGAGGUGAUCCGCGCCAACAUCGGCGACGCGCAGGCCAUGGGUCAGAAACCCAUCACCUUCCUGCGCCAGGUGCUGGCCCUGUGCGUCAACCCCGACCUCCUGAGCAGCCCGGACUUCCCCGCUGACGCCAAGAGGAGGGCAGAGCGCAUCCUGCAGGCGUGCGGGGGCCACAGCCUGGGAGCCUACAGCAUCAGCUCCGGCAUCCAGCUGAUCCGCGAGGACGUGGCCCGGUACAUCGAGAGGCGCGAUGGAGGGAUCCCCGCCGACCCCGGCAACAUCUUCCUGUCCACGGGCGCCAGCGACGCCAUUGUGACGGUGCUGAAGUUGCUGGUGGCCGGCGAGGGCCGCACGCGCACGGGCGUGCUCAUCCCCAUCCCACAGUACCCGCUCUACUCGGCCGCGCUGGCCGAGCUGAACGCGGUGCAGGUGGACUACUACCUGGACGAGGAGCGCGCCUGGGCGCUCGACGUGGCCGAGCUGCGGCGCGCGCUGCGCCAGGCUCGUGACCACUGCUGCCCGCGCGCGCUCUGCGUCAUCAACCCCGGCAACCCCACCGGGCAGGUGCAGACCCGCGAAUGCAUCGAGGCGGUGAUCCGCUUCGCCUUCGAGGAGCGGCUCUUCCUGAUGGCUGAUGAGGUGUACCAGGACAACGUGUACGCCGAGGGCUCGCAGUUCCACUCCUUCAAGAAGGUGCUGGCGGAGCUGGGGCCGCCGUACGCGACGCAGCAGGAGCUCGCCUCCUUCCACUCGGCCUCCAAGGGCUACAUGGGCGAGUGCGGGUUCCGCGGUGGCUACGUCGAGGUGGUGAACAUGGAUCCCGCAGUCCAGCAGCAAAUGCUGAAGCUCAUGAGCGUGCGGCUGUGCCCCCCGGUGCCUGGCCAGGCCUUGCUGGACAUGGUGGUCAGCCCGCCUGAGCCCUCCGACCCCUCCUUCGCGCAGUUCCAGGCGGAAAAGCAGGCUGUGCUGGCCGAGCUGGCGGCCAAGGCCAAGCUCACUGAACAGGUCUUCAACCAGGCUCCGGGCAUCCGCUGCAACCCGGUGCAGGGCGCCAUGUACUCUUUCCCGCGCAUGCAGCUGCCCCCGCGCGCCGUGCAGCGCGCCCAGGAGCUGGGCGUGGCCCCCGACAUGUUCUUCUGCCUGCGCCUGCUGGAGGAGACCGGUAUCUGCGUGGUGCCUGGGAGCGGCUUCGGGCAGCGCGAAGGCACCUACCACUUCCGGAUGACCAUCCUGCCCCCCAUGGACAAGCUGCGGCUGCUGCUGGAGAGGCUGAGCCAGUUCUACGCCAAGUUCACGCGGGAGUACUCCUGAGGGGCCCUGGCCGCGCUGGCCGGCGGGGGCUGGGCCCCUCUCCUGUGGGUCCCCAAUAAAGCACGCGGCAGCCUGCCCUUCGGAAGCUGUG